AUGGACACAAAUAUUGAAGGAAGCAGAAAAACAGCGAGACGCCGCAAGGAGAGGGGCAAAGAACCAGCAAAGAAGUAUCCGUCAAAGAGACGCAAUCCAGUCUCACAGCUCAUCAACCAACUGAGGCAGACUGUGUUCCCUGAUUCUGACACUCGUGCAACAAAGCCUCAAGUUCUGCGUCAAACUAAACAUUAUAUUCAGCAACUUGAAAGUACUCUGGAUACACUCCUAAAGAUGAAAGAACCUGUCUUUAAUGUGUCCAUUAUAGAUCAUUUCCACCCUGAAGAACAUAUUCCAUGCAGCUUGGAAGAUGUAAAGGAGGAAUACUUGCAGAUUUGCUGCAGUGAAUACAGUGCCGUGCCAGAGAUAGAAGGAACUUCAGAAAAUGCAGCUGCGGUCUGGUAUCUCACACAAGAGUAUGAAAAUGAUCCAAAAAUUGUAGUGGAGACAAAAACUGAACAACCUCAGUCUCCAGUCUCCUCGUCACCAGAUCUCAUGGAAUUUGAAAGGUAUCUACACUUCUACCAGCAGACUGUGGAGAUGUUAGUGGAGAAUGGAUUAGUGUCCUCAGAACAGGUCACACACCAUGUGGUCUCCAAAGCUAUAUCCAAUCUUUGGCAAGAGCUUUUGCACGAGGGUAAAGCAGACAUGUUCCAGAGUUAUAUCCAGCAGUUUAAAAGAUCUGCUUGUUCACUACCUUACCCAAAAGAGACAGUUUACACAGAGGCUUGUGUACGAGAUAGUGGAGCUGAUAGCCAGGAGGCCACUAGCUCUUUCUUAUCUUCUACCCCGGAAGAGGUACAUGAGUAA